UACGAGGACCCGCCAAACACACACAAGAGGACACAUGACAGGCCUGCUAGGCAACCGGUGUAUUGUAGCCUAGCUGUAAUCAUGUUUGUAGCGCGUAGUAUCGCAGCAGACCACAAAGACCUAAUUCACGAUGUGUCGUAUGAUUUUCACGGCCGGAGAAUGGCAACUUGCUCCAGUGACCAAAGUGUCAAGGUUUGGGACAAAAGUGAGAAUGGAGAAUGGCACUGCACAGCCAGCUGGAAGACACACAGUGGAUCAGUGUGGAGAGUGACCUGGGCUCAUCCAGAAUUUGGGCAGGUUCUGGCCUCCUGCUCCUUCGACAGGACAGCUGCUGUCUGGGAAGAAAUUGUAGGGGAGUCCAACGAUAAGCAGAGAGGACUGAGCCACUGGAUAAAGAGGACCACACUAGUGGACAGCAGGACCUCAGUGACAGAUGUGAAGUUUGCCCCUAAACACAUGGGUCUGAUGUUGACCACUUGCUCUGCGGACGGAGUGGUGAGGAUCUAUGAGGCUCCUGAUGUGAUGAAUCUGAGUCAGUGGUCCCUGCAGCAUGAAAUCUCCUGCAAGCUCAGCUGCAGCUGCAUCUCUUGGAACCCCUCAAGCUCUCGUGCCCACCCACCAAUGUUUGCAGUGGGGAGCGAUGACAGUAACGUGACGUAUGGUGGGAAAGUUCAGAUCUAUGAGUAUAACGAGAACACAAGGAAAUAUGCUAAAGCAGAGACGCUGAUGACUGUAACUGAUGCAGUCCAUGACAUCGCAUUUGCUCCGAACCUGGGGAGAUCGUUCCAUGUGCUCGCCAUCGCAACAAAAGAUGUCAGGAUCUUCAAGCUUGUUCCUAUGAGGAAGGAAAGCACCUCUACGGGACCCACCAAGUUGGAGGUACAGAUUGUGGCUCAGUUUGACAACCAUAACUCCCAGGUGUGGCGUGUGAGCUGGAACAUCACCAGCACCCUCCUGGCCUCCUCUGGUGAUGAUGGCUGUGUUCGCCUCUGGAAAGCAAACUACAUGGACAACUGGAAGUGCACCGGCAUUCUAAAAGGAGACGGCAGCCCGCUCACAGGCUCGUCUGGUCAGCCCACAGCCAUGAGCACCGUCGUGGGUUCCUCCGUUCAGACCUCCCAGAAUGCCCUGAACGGGAUGUCUGCAGGAAGGAUUGGCAAGAGAGCUCCCUUUGCCCCUCCCCUGCGGCAGCUGACCUCUCCAAAGAUAUACCAGCAUCCUGCAUAUUACUAAUGUCUCCUCUGCGCCUCCUCCCAUUCGCCCUUGUGUUAAUACAUUUGACCUGUGUGAGUCAUGUCCUGGCUCCUUACUUAGGUAUCACUGAUUAAGAGCUUUAGGAUGAAAACCGCAUGGCUCUAUUCUCCACAGCUUCCACUUUUUUUUUUUUGAUUCCAACACGAUGUUUCCAAAUGGUUCACUACUUCCAAUAACAUUGCACGUACACCUUUUAGAAAACAAACCUUGAUCACUACUCUGUCUGCCAUCCUCCUCUCUUUUUCUUUCUGCAUCCUUUCUCCUUUUCAUCUGGCAGUUUCUACUUCCUUUGACAUGUUUUCCCCUCUGUAUUCCACUGUCGUCGUCUUCUCCUCUGUCCGUGUAUUUGUCUUCUUCGUCCCCAUCCAUUUAUGUGUUGCUUCAGGUAUUUCUUCCCGCCUCUGGAUCCUCCCAGAGCGGGGACCAGGUAUGGCCACCUGCUGCCUCCCUCCUCUCUCAUAGAGCACUGUGACGCUGA